AUGAACAUUGAACAAGCAGAGAGUAACAAACAACUGCAACAGAAUGAAGUCGAAGCAUUGUCUUCAAUCUAUCCACACUUGAACAUCUCAACAACAUCAAGAUCGACAGAACUCUAUUCAUUAUGGAUCACUCCUGACAAUGAUACAGACACAAACUACAAUGAUACAACAACAGAGUCAGAGAAUGAGGAUUCAAUGUUAUUGUUCUCAUUCACAUAUACAUCAGAGUACCCUAGUAAUCAACCACCAAGUGAUAUCACUGUGAAGAGUGGAUGGUUGCUACCAGAGCAUGGUGAGCAUCUUGUCAAACAAAUGCUACCUCUAUUCAUACCUGGCGAGUUGGUCAUCUUUCAAAUGAUCGUAUGGCUACAAGAGAAUGCUGUCAAAUGUAUUGAACAAUACAUCAAUCAUCAAUCAUCAAUCAAACAUGUUAAUUCCAGUCGAAGGCAACGCCAACAACAACGACAAGUCAACACAAACACUGCCACAGUGCUCAAGGAUGAGUCUAUCAUCCCCUCAAUGCCAACACAACCAACACCAACUAUAUAUACUGGACAACCGAUAACUGAUAAGAAGAGUAAAUUCCAAGCACAUCUGGCCAUCGUCCACUCCGAAGAGGAGGUCAAUCUCGUCUUGGACAAACUGCUACUCAACAAGAAGAUAGCGGACGCCACACACAACAUGUACGCCUUUAGGAUAAAGAUGCCCAAUGGACAGAUUAAUGAAUAUUGUGACGAUGAUGGCGAAGCUGGAGCAGGCGACAAGAUGCUGUUUACACUGAUACGCAAUCAAUGUGAAGAGGUGUUGGUAGUUGUUACUAGAUGGUUUGGAGGAGUAUUGCUUGGUGGUGCACGUUACCAUCACAUCAUUAACGUCACCAAAGAGAUGAUACAGUUAUACCAAACGAAGCAACUGACAUCUUCCAACAUCACUGUUACUCUAUAA